AUGGCAUCUGACCCCAGGGCAGCAGACGGAGAGCUAUUCAUGUCACAAGUCGACGCUGACGCGGCGACGUCUACCGGCGAAAACGCGACAGCGGUGCAUGUCGCGCCGCUGGAACUCAAGCACCACCCGGAACAGAACACCACAACGCCAGAGCCGUUGAACGAGCUUCAGAGGGCCGAGUCCGACACCCCUAGCACUCCUGGUCAUCUGCUUCCCUUUGACUGGGACGAUUUCGAGGCGAGGUACGAGGCGGCCCUGCGAGAGGCCGACGAGAACGAAAGGGAGAUUCUCAAGGAGGCCGAUUCGCUUUCCAAGUACUUCCGAGCCUGGGCAGCCGCUGCCUCGGUUCACGACGACGAACGAGCGAUUAAGCGCCUCCGUACGCGCCAGCGCUUCGUCAAUUUGUCGGAGGAAAAGGCAGCACAGAAACAGCAGCACUACGAAGAAGUCGUCAAAGCCUUCGAGAGUGCGCUGGCGCUUCUGCAAGGCAAGUGA